ACUAAACAAGGCCGCCAUGUGUCCUCCAACAAGGCUAUCACUCCUACACAUAGCACCUUGUCAGGCUGUCAGGUUACCAUUGCCUGUCCCAAACCACGGUCGACUCGGUCAAAAUCACCGAAAGCCCGCGCGUGACCGCUUCAACUCCUCGACAACUUGACACGGCAGCGGUGCACCAGCACUCGGUGCCUUGUUUUGCGUCAUGAAAGAAAAAAAAACGGCUCUCGGCAUGGCUAGCUUCCCAAGGCUUUUGCAUUCUACACGCCCUGGCAUUCGGCACAUGUGCUAUUCCGAAACCUCUCAGACACCCACUGUUUGCACCGCACGCUGACCUGCCUCAGUCACCGGCCUUUUCUGGUCCCGCCGUAGCGCUACCGGCAUUCUGGUACACGCCUUAUCAUCAUGACCCAGCACCCACCCACCCACGCCCUUACUCCAAUAAGCAUAGUGUGCACAAGCAUGCAAACAUGGCUCCAUAACCCUAUAUCUACACUACACUACAUACAC